CCCCCCACGCGGUAGUUCACCAUGACCAGCCCCUACGAUUCACUGAAUUCCAGCUACGGCAUCAGCAACGACUACGACACCUCCGGCUACGGCCAGCAGCAGCAUCACCACCACAUGGCACACGAUGACCCGUAUGCGGCGACGUCCGGCACCGGCGGCGCCACCUACUCCACCAAGUAUGGCACCUACGCCGACGAGGACCUGGACCUGAAGGCCGCGCCCAAGACCACGGUGGCCGAUCAGCUGGGCGAGCCGCCGGCCGACCCGCGCGGCAUCGUCUACGGCAUCUUCCUGCUGCUGGGCAUUGGCAUGCUCUUCCCCUGGAAUGUCUUCGUCAACGCCACCUCCUUCUAUGGGCUGCGCUUCGCCGGGUCGCCCUUCUCCGACAACUUCGUCAACUUCUUCUCCAUCACCUACAACCUGUCCAACAUGAUCCUCAUCGUGGUGGUGGCCCUGCUGGUCUCGCGGCUGACCCCCCGCGGGUCGGUCUUCGGCGCGCUCAUGGCCAUGGCCGGGGCCUUUGUCGUGCAGACGGCCCUGGUCUAUGUGGAGAUGGAUCCCACCCUCUUCUUCGUGAUUACCCUGCUGCUGGUGGUGGUGUGCGGCGGCUCGGGUGCCUUCUUCCAGUCCGGCAUCUUCGCCAUCACUGCCUCCUUCCCCGGCAAGUACACCUCGGCCAUCAUGAUCGGCCAGGGUGUGGCCGGCAUCGUGGUCAGCAUUAGCCAGCUCCUGACGCAGCUCAUCAGCGAUCCGAAUGCCGGCUCGGCUGAUGACGGUUCGGCCGAGCUCUCGGCUCUGCUGUACUUCCUGGUGGCGGUCUUCCUGCUGAUCGCCUGUAUCUUCUCCUUCGCCACCCUCCCCCGGAUGGCCCUGUUCACCUACUUCACCGAGAAGGCCGCCCGGCUGACCGGCACCGGCAGCGACGUGGCCCCGGACAGCGACACCGCCCCGCUCAUCCCCACGGAUCCGGUUGAUGAGGAUGGCCUGGCCCUGCCGGCCCAGCCGGCCGGCUACAUGGCCAUCUUCCGCGAGAUCUGGUUCAUGCCGGUCGGUGUCUUCUUCACCUUCUUCCUGACCCUCUCCCUGUUCCCGAUGUUCAUCGCCGCCACGGCCCCCUCCACCGAGAGCGACAGCCGUCUUUUCAAUGACCUGUUCGUUUCGUUUGGCUUCCUGGUCUUCAACAUCGGCGACAUCACCGGCCGCUUCCUGCCCACCCUCUAUGUGGCCCCAGCCAAGUCCCUGCUCCCGAUGUCCCUCCUGCGCCUGGUCUUCAUCCCGCUCUUCCUCUUCUGCAAUGUGGUCCUCUAUGAUCCCACCGGCCAGCCCAUCGAGUCUCCGGUCCCGGUGAUUUUCGCCAACGACUGGGUCUUCUGGGGUAUCCUCCUGGUGUUCGCCAUCUCCAACGGCUACGUGGCCAAUGUCCAGAUGAUGCUCGGCGCCCAGCAGGUGUCCGACAUGCGCAACCUCCCCAAGGCUUCCAACCUCAUGGUGUCUGCCCUUGUGGCUGGUCUCCUCUUCGGCAGUAUGGCCUCCUUCGGCCUUCGUGGCAUUCUGUGCAGCUGCAACCCCUUCAUCGAGUAAUGCGGCAACAGGAGAGACGCGGGUGUGUGUGUGUGUGUGUGUGGAGG